AUUCAACUUGUCCAAUUUCCUUUCUGCAACACCCCGCAACCCCACCAAAAAUAACUGACUCACACAUUCUCUUUGGUUUGGAUUUGCUCCUUUCUUUUUCCCCCUAUUUAUUUCCAAUCUCGAUCUAAAGAAGGAGAUAAUGAUCAAACUGCAAAGCCUGUGCCUGUCUGUGUAUCUGAUUCCGGCGUCGCGGGCUUCCCGCUGUCGAUGACAUUUGCUGCAUGUUUGUUACGCAGAUCUGAGCCUUAUGCCGUGCCUUUUAUAAUUAACGGUACGCAAAGCAAGUAAAAAUAAGCGGGAGCUCUUUUAGUUGCUGCUUCACCCCCGAAUUGGAGCUUUUCAUAGUGGAUACGGUAUUGAAGCGCAUAUCAUUUGGGAAUUUCCUGAGGAGUUGUUAUUGCCGUCGACACCUUUCCUCUCACUUGUAUUUCAGCUAUUUAGGGUGAGCUGGUGGAUUAUUUCUGGACUACUGCCUGUAUCUGCAGCUUCUCAAGGUUUUCCCCUAUUCUUUGUGACGGAUCCAUCAACAGAAUAUAGGAGGUGCGAUUGCUCAGCUGGUCUGGAGUGCAUUCUCAGCAUUCUCAGGGCCCUCAGGAUGGGGUCCUGCUUCUCUGCGGAAAGCAGGAGCCCGCUUCCCACUUCACCUUCGGGAAUCAGUAGACGGAAGAACUCUAGAAGAAGACUGGGAUCCAGGAGUUCUUCCUUUGACAAUUGGAGGGAUGAGCCCCUGCAUAGAAUUCCGGGGAGGCUUUUUCUUAAUGGGUCUAGUGAAGUUGCGUCCCUGUUCACUCAACAAGGCAAGAAAGGCACCAAUCAAGACGCCAUGAUUGUUUGGGAGAACUUUUGUUCGAGGAAAGAUACCAUUUUUUGUGGAGUUUUUGAUGGCCACGGUCCGUUUGGUCAUAUGGUUGCCAAAAGAGUCAGGGAUUCUCUUCCCCUAAAACUGAGUUCACACUGGGAACUGAAUGCAGCUGGUGGAGAAGUCCUCAAGGAGAUUAGCAUUAAUACUACGGGGAUUAUGAACUCAGAAGAGGCUGCCUUUGUAUCUGCUGAUGAGGAAUCCAGGACAUCCAUUGAUUCUGAGGAAAUGGAAAAGCACCCUGAGAUCUUUCGAACGCUUAAAGAGUCAUUUUUGAGGGCAUUUAAGGUUAUGGACCGUGAAUUGAAGAUGCAUCCAAGUAUUGACUGCUUUUGCAGUGGGACUACAGCAGUGACUCUAGUUAAGCAAGGUCUCGACCUUGUUAUUGGAAAUGUUGGUGACUCUAGAGCUGUGCUGGGUACGAGAGACAAAGAUGAUUCUCUCACAGCCGUUCAAUUAACAGUUGAUCUGAAACCCAGUCUUCCAGCUGAAGCAGAGAGAAUUCGCAAAUGUAAAGGGCGUGUUUUUGCUCUUCAAGAUGAACCUGAGGUUGCCCGAGUCUGGUUGCCCAACAAUGAUUCCCCUGGCCUAGCCAUGGCCAGGGCAUUUGGAGAUUUUUGUCUGAAAGAUUUUGGGCUAAUUUCUGUUCCAGAAAUAUCCUAUCGACGCCUCACUGAGAAGGAUGAAUUUGUUGUCUUGGCAACAGAUGGGAUUUGGGAUGUACUCUCAAACAAAGAAGUUGUUGACAUCAUAGCAGCAUCACCGGCACGUUCUUCUGCAGCCAGAGCGCUGGUUGAGUCAGCAGUUCGAGCUUGGAGAUAUAAAUACCCUACUUCUAAGGUGGAUGACUGCGCUGUUGUUUGCCUCUUCCUUGACUCUGACUCGCCAAAAUUAUCUAGUGCAUCUCAUAUCAAUUCUAAAGAGCAGCGUAGUCUAGGAAAUCAAAUCGACCCAGACGGUGGGGAAGAUCUUUCUGGACCAACUGUCCUUGAAAGGUCAGGCACUUGCCGGGCAAGCAAUGAAAAGUCACUGGGAGAAAGUAAUGAAGAAGAGCCAAAGGAGACAGAUGCCGAGUUAGAAAAAGAGUGGUCUGCUCUUGAAGGAGUUUCUCGUGUAGACACACUAUUAAAUCUCCCAAGAUUCGUCCCUGGUGAAGAAGACGACAAGGCCACGGCUGGGAUGAGGAGACGCAGAUGAUUUAAUUUGCCCUUCUAUUUCUUUCAAUCAUUAUACAUACAUACAUACAGACAGACAUACAUUUUUCCUAAUUUUAUUUCACCAUAAACCUUGUUUUCAGCCAUUGAUGAUUUUUGUCUUGAAUUUUUGGAUUGGACACUGGAGAGGAGGACCGGGCCAUAUUAGUGUGUCUGGAAAUCUAUCCUUUCUCGGUUGUGUGGAAAAUUAUAAAUUAUAAAUUUUGUAUGAUUGAAAUCUUCGUUAAUUUAUUCUUCAAGAUAUUCGGCAACUUCUGAUAUAA